UCUGAUCAAGAAACAAGAUUCUCGUCCUUCUCUCACCACAGUGACCGUCUAAGGUCGCUGUAAUAUCUGGUGACCCCUCGUGUCAGGGCAAAAAUUAAUUUGAUAAAGACCAGAGGAGCAAAAUUGCUGCACUGGGAAAAAUCCUGUAUGUGUAGCAAGUGAUGGUUGCUUUGAAGUGACCACAGAAGUGGAUUCAAGCCAGGAGCUGAAGAACUGAAGAUCCUGAUUUGGACAGAGUUCACAGCCAAGGCUGACCACAAAGAGAACCUUCUUCUGGAACACCUUCAGGAAGAUGUUCGCAGAGCUGGCCAGAGCAAGCUGGACAUUUUCACAAGGCUCCGUUUCCACCGUCCCCGGUGGGAGAAGACCCGGCGGGGGAUGAGUGGGGGCUUCCCAGCCCCCUGUCCUCAGCGGGAGAAGACCCGGCGGGGGAUGAGUGGGGGCUGCCCGGCCCCCCCUGCUUCGCGGCGGGGGGGGGCGAAACUGCGCCGAGCGAAGAAGUUUUUUUUUACUCUUUCCCCGGAGCCUGCGCAGACGGAACCUUCUCCCCCCCCUCCUUCUCUCUCUCCGGGGGGAUGGGAAUGGGCGGUCCCGCUCGAACCAGUGCCGUUGGUGCCGCCCCUGCCAGCGCUGCGUCCGCCUUCAAGACCCGCCUCACCGGCGCGGCCGCCACUCCAGGCGAUCCCGUCUCCGCCUCUCCAGGCAGUCCCGCCCAUGGAUUCACAGGCCUCCCCGCCCCUGCCAGCGCCUGCGUCUGAGAAUGCAGAAGAGGCACUUCCUGUGGCUGCUGAGUUGCUAAGCGACGACGACGCGUCUCCAGCUUCCGGCUCAGCGGAGGAGUUGUUCUCUCCGGUCCCUCCGGCCCCUCUGCCGCUUCCAUCGGCCUCCUCGCCACCUCAAGCCGAGACGGUCCCUGUUCAGGAUGGUGCUGGAGACGGCGCCGAACCUGCGGGACCCUCGGAAAAGCCCGCGGCCACUCCUACAUCCAGCGAGAUUCCCUCCCCGGUUCCGGCUUCCCCCCCGCUGCCUGCACAGGCUGCCCCAGCAGUCCUGCCGUUGUCGGAGGCUGUGUCCUCCGUGUCGGCGUCAGAGACUGCCCUGGAACCGGCGGCUUGUUCGAGCUCGGACCAUCCCGGACCGGUUGCUGUAGCAGGGGCCCCGGCGGCUGGUCUUCCCUUCCGUGGAGCGGGGGCUGCACGCCAGCUGACUGGGGGCACAGCCCGUCUCCCUGCUUUUAAGAUCAGCAUUCUCGGCGGGUUCGGGGGUGUUUUUUCGGGGAUUGUCCCAUGGAGGCUGCCAUCUCUGCCGCCUCUCUUGCGCCCUAGUGGCGGGGGGCAGGUGCAUCCCGAGAGCUCUGCCUCUGAUCUCCAGCCCGGAGGGGGUGGGAAUGAUGCCAUGGGGCGGAUGAGACACAAACCCAAUGCAUUGCAGGGGAAGAGGGCACAGAUGGAGGAGACCAUAGCUGGUUUGCUGUGGGAAACAAACAUCUCCAGACCCCAGAUGGGAUCUCUGGGGGAGGCUUCUAUUUCCCUGCUGCUGGCAUGCCUCAGUGGUUUUGGGGAAAGGAAGCGUGUCCCCACUCGUGCUGCCAUUGUACUGGCAGCAGGGUGCAGGCCUGUGGGAGUGCAGAGCCUGCCUCAUGGGUUUGGCCUGGGCCGUUGGGCUCAGGAAGUUUUUGGGCCAGGGCCAGCAUUUGGCCUCUUGGUGUUACUGGGGGUUGAGGUUUCUCCUACUGGUCCUGGUCCCCCUUUGUGGGCCAGUUUUGGGGUUCCUGGUCCAUCAUGGGCCAGGGCCCCCAGGGCCUUUCCUUCUCUGGCACUGCUCUGCUCUGCUGCUGCUCUUUUCUUUUUCGAUCACAAAAAAAAAAAAAAAAAAAAAAAAAAAAAAUAAAUAAAUAAAAAAGAUUGAA